AUGGCUGACAUUAUUAAUAAAGCUCGGAUCAGACAACGCUCUGUUGUCAUCACCCUACUUGAUCUUAAGAAUGCCUUCGGCGAAAUCCAUCACAACCUCAUUCAAUCCGUACUUGACUACCACCAUAUCCCUGAUCAUAUAAAAUUUGUUAUAAAAAGUUUAUAUACUGAUUUCCAAACCUCGAUAAUUACCUCUGAAUUCCGCACUCCUUUUAUGACAGUUGGCCGUGGCGUAUUGCAAGGAGAUUGCCUCAGUCCUCUUCUUUUUAACAUGUGCUUCAAUACAUUCAUUCAGAAUAUCAAGGCUGAAAAGUACCGUCAAUUUGGGUUUUCCUUCAAAUUACUAAAUCCCAUCCAUUGGUUCCAGUUUGCUGAUGACGCGGCUGUAAUUACUGGCCAAGAAUCCGAAAACCAACAUCUAUUAAAUCGAUUUUCUAUCUGGUGCCAAUGGUCCGAUAUGAUUAUCCGAGUUGACAAAUGCAGUACCUUUGGCAUUAAAAAAGCGAUCACCAAAUCAGUUCAGUACUUGCCAAAACUCCUCAUCAGCAAUCAACUAAUACCAAAAAUCACCAUUGGAGAAUCAUUUCAAUAUUUAGGACGUUACUUUGAUUUCCACAUGUCGAAUGAUAAUCACAAAACUGAACUAACCACCCUACUUAAUGAGCUAAUGUCUGAUAUUGACUCAAAGCCACUACACCCCAAAAAUAAACUGCUCCUCUACAGUCGCUACGUCUUGUCCAAGUUAGCCUGGCACUUCACCGUCGCAACACUCUCUAAAACAUGGGUUACUGAAAAUAUCGACUCUAUUGCCAACAAAUAUAUCCGCAGAUGGCUUGAAGUACCAAUAUCAGGAACACUAAGUACUGUCUUUCUAACAAAUAACAAAUUUGGCCUGAGUAUUUAUCCUCUAUCUGUAAAAUUUAUCCAGUGUCAAACAGUCCUCCGAAAAGCUUUAAAAUCUUCUCCUAAUGAAUCAACUAACGACCUGUGGAGAGCAACCAGUAACCAUACUAAUAUCCAAUAUGACGCUUAUAACUCUACUAAGGAAGUUCUCAAAGAUUUCCGUUCUGGACACGAAAACAAACUCCUAAACCAAUUAACCCGUCAAGGAUCCUUUUUCUGCAGCGUCACGAAGUUCGCUUUACCUCAGCUUAACAAGGUGUGGUCCAUCGCCCAAUCAGAGCUCCCGAAAAACAUUUAUAACUUUACCAUUCGUUACAUUAACAACUCUUCCGACGCGCAAAAGCCUAAACAGAUGGGCAAUAUCUUCAAAUUCAGACUGUUCUUUUUGUCUUAGCCCUGAAACAUUACUACACAUAGUAGCUGGAUGUCAGUUUUAUCUCGACCGAUUUACGUGGAGACACAAUUCAGUCCUGAACUUUCUUGCUCAUCAGUUAGAAACUAUUGACGGUUCUACUCUCUACGCCGACCUAAAUGGAUUCAAAAGCCCUUCAAUACUUACUGGUGAUACGUAUCGCCCAGAUUUGUUAUUAUCGUGCUCAAAUGGUUCCUUAUAUGUGGUUGAACUCACCACUGGUUAUGAGACAAACCUCAACAACAACGUAAAACGGAAGAAGGAUAAAUAUAGAGAAUUAUUGAGACAGCUAGGCAAAAAUUUUAACCAAGUUAAAUUUAUAAAUCUCUCCAUCAGCUCUUUAGGUAUUUUUGCAGAAGAAUGUUAUACAUUUUUAGACAUGUUAGAUAGUAUUGGUCUUGACAAAAACCCCCAAAUGUACUGCGUUAGGAAAAUGAUGACUAUUGCUAUUAGAACUACAUAUUACAUUUUCUGUUGCCGAAAUAAGGAAUGGGAAAAUCCGGAUUUACUAACAAUUUGA